CAGAUUAAAAAAUUUGAUUCCUCUAUUAUAGCAGUUGUAUAAUAUUAGAUUGGCUUAAAAAUAUUGGCCCAAUAGUUUUUAUGGUUUCUAAAAAUAAACAGUGGAAAUUUUCUUACCAAAACGACACUCCACGAAAACCAUUCGCGACGUUUCUAUUUAAAUUCUUCAACACAUUUACCAUGUUCAACCUCUAUCAAAAUAUCAACAAAAAAGAAGACCAAGAAAAAGAACCGGAUGUGAUUGGCCACGAGAGGUUCUACCAAGCAAGAUCGAGAAGUACGAAAAAGAAGAAAAGGGUUACUAGGAGAACUCAUAGUGCUGCCGAGUUUUCACCCACAACGUUAUCGGCGGCGAGUAAAAGAGCUGCCUUUAGAGCGAGAAGUCAAAGUUCUGAAAAUAAAAGUGAUGAUGGGAGGGCGACGCCUCAAAGGGCUGACUCUUUGGCCAAGCUGUUCUUCGGAAAACGACAACAAGGAAGCGUCCAAAAACACGAAUACAGCGCUCUGAAGACAGAUGGAGGAAACGAAAAAUUUCGAGGCGAACGCCAAAUCCGCAAUGGAGCUUUUAUUACGUGCAGAAAUAAUCUCGAAAACAACGAACGAUAUGAACUGAAAACCCAGCUUGACGAUAUUGGCUCGAGAGCCGACAAGCAUUGGUUUAUCGUCCAAGAUAACAUUCUAGGAGCUGAAAGACUGUUAGCCUUACUACCUCUCCCAUCUACUUGUCCGAUUAGUCCGUCCCAAGUGACAAGAGAAACGCUUUUGUCUUUGUUUCGGGGAUUGCAACAUCCGUACAUCCACCCCGUACUUGAUAUAGAGUUCUGGGAUGCGGGAGCGGCAGUUGUAAGCCCUUUAAAUCCCACCGGAAGCCUCAAGGAUUUAAUUUACGGGUCAGUCUGGCACGAAGACUAUGAAAAAAAGUAUACGUCUAAAGGCGAAGGACUUUCGUUAAGAACGGUUCAGUGUUUAGGUCGGCAAAUACUUGAAGGUCUCCUUUUUUUACGAAACCGGUAUUUUCCACCCAUUUAUCAUCUUCACUCAGGAAACGUAAUAAUCCAAAAUGGAGUUGCCAGAUUAGCUGGACUAGAAAAUCCAUUACUUGGUUUACUACCUAAAGCCCCUUCUGCCCCAGAAACUUUAUCAUUCGGUUACCUCUUAUUUGAGAUGACAGCUGGAUAUGAACUGCCCGGCCCUCCCUCUCCCGCGCAUUUGCAAUUAGAACUUGAAAGAGCGCCCAAAGUUGCUGAAGCCUUGGAGUACAUUUUUCAAACUUCCAGGACACCAUCAUUGGAUGAACUUGUUAGAUGUGAUCUUUUCCGUGGAGUUGAAUUAAGAGAACUAAGAGGUGCCAGUAUCAUACAGAGUGUAUCACCACCCGAUGUUCUUGAUCUUUUAGAAAUGGUAAAAAACCCCGUGCCACCAUCACCUUUAAGGCGAUGUAGUAGUGGUGAUAGAAGACAGGAGAUUAGAAGCCAUUAUAGAAGAAGACAACGAAGACAGUGAUUGUAGUGUAGUAGAGACGAGCAAUAGUAGAGAUCGGUAGUACAUAAAAUAAUAAUAAUUGUUUAGAUCUAAGUAUACAAAAGUCGAUAUACUUUUCGUCCUGUAUAGAUUUGAGGAAUGUAAAUGUUGGAUCAAAGUACAAAGUGAUCCUAAAUAAAAAACUUAACAGCGGUGGCAUAACUGUGAGCGUCUUGUUUAUUUGGUAAAAUAACAGAGAACUGAAGAGUUUAUACCUAAUAGUACAGUGUAUGAAGGUAAAAAUCGACUAUUACCUCCGAUUUCGCAGAACCUUCAUUGAUUUUCAUGAAAUUUGGUUUUCAUGAAACAAAAGUGAUAUACCACUCAUUCUCGGGGGUGAAAACUAUUUUCUUAAAAAUAUCCCCAUCGAUAGAAGGACAAAUUCUAAGCAAAAUUGUUAUUUGUUCAAAAAUCAAUACUUUUAGAGUUAUUAA